GCGGUAACCAAGGAGACCAAGGCGGAAGCUGCUGGCUGAGGUGGCAGCAGCAGCUGCUGCAAAAAGGGUCGCAGGUUCUUAGGCUUACUGGCAAGAGCUUCUUUCUAAUCGCUAAGUCGUCUUACUGGCCUUACAGAAUUAGAGAAGAAACUUGACUCCAGAAAGAAGUUUUCCAAAGCUACAAUAAUUUAAAGACUUCAAAUAAGAGACAAAUAAUCAUGAAUACCAAAGAUUUUGUAGUUAUUCCCUGGGGGAAACCUGGAAGUUCUGUAAAACUAAAAUAUAAAGGUGUACAGGAGCUGCAAAUGGAGAAAAUUCAGCUAGAACUGGAAAACCAACAGAUGGAAAAGAAGUUACGAGAGUUCCAGUCCACAUGGGACAAAGGGAAGGAAGGCGUUAUGGCAAGUGGAUAUCACUGGAAAUCUGGAAAUGUGAGCAAAUUGCGUAACCCAUCAGGCAGAAUGUCACAAAGUAAAGCGAGUGCUACUAAGCUCUCUGCUGGAAAAGUGAAAUUGAAGUUACUUAAGGAAGAGAUUCAAGCUCCAGCAAAACAACAAGUUAGUUACAAAAUGGCACAUUCUACUGGAAGCGAAAACCCAAAGACUAAAAGAAAAGUUUGUGGACAGUGUGAGAACAAAGCUGCUCUCCUUGUAUGCCUGGAAUGUGGUGAAGACUAUUGUUCAGGCUGCUUUGCUAGAAUGCACCAGAAGGGGGCACUGAAGUUCCACAGAACAACUCUAUUACAGCCAAAAUGUCAAAUCAUAUCCAACGUGUUAGAUGCUGCUCAUCAAUUUAUAAAGGAAGUAAAUCCACCCAAUGAAGGAAAAAAUCCUACAGAAGCAUCCAGUAAAAGUCAGCAGAAACCCAAAGCCCUGCUUCUUCAGAAGAGCUCUGAGGUAGAAACUACAGCCACAGAAGGAGGGAAAGAUGGAAAUCCAAGGUACAAGACCAUGUGGGAAAUGCCUUUUGAUGAAGAAGCAUCUGCUCAGUCCUUCCGAGAAGCCUUAACACAGUGGAGAGCUGGGCAUCAGGAGGACAACAAGGAGGAGGAUGUGCAUGCAAAAAAACCAGUGUUUAUUUUUGUAGAAUCGGUGGAAGAAUGUGAAGUACAAACUAAUUUGAAAAUUUGGGCAGAACCAAUUAAUAUCGAAUUCACAGAAGACAGUCUGUCGUACAUGGAAAAAUUAUGGCUUAAAAAAUACAGAAGAACUCCCCUGGAGCAACUUCAUACCAUGCUACCAAAUACGUUCCCACAUCCGCGUGAAGCCAUUGCAGAGGCGCUGUGCACUCAGAAAGAAAAUGACUCUGAUAGUGAUGUUGAAGAGAUCAAAGUAAAAUAUCCACCCCUUUUUAUGCCAGCAGAGAAAUUGAAAGUAGAAAGACCUCCACCAUCUCUAACAAUAGUAGAACUGGAUAGUACUCAUGGAGCAGAAUUUGAAGACCCAGGGGUUGCUGUGCCUUAUAGAGUUGAAUUGGCUGACUCAGAGAGUCAACUAAGUUCUACAUUUCCGGAUUAUCAGACUUGCUUACCAGGUGAAAAUGAUAUCCAUCACCACCUUAUUUUCAACAAGGGAAAAGCAGACCUCUUAAGUAUGUGUUUGAGAACAAAUUCUGGGCACCACAAGGAUGAGUUAAAAGAGGAGAUUUCAUCUCAAGACAUCAACACAUCAUUGGAAUGCAGUAAACAAAAUGAGAGGUCAAACUUUGAAGAUUCAAAGACUACAAAACCACCACUGUUACGAAAAGUAGCCCUCAGAAGAAAACCUGUAAAUGAACGCUAUCAAGGACCUAAGAAGUUCUUUCCUGCUGAUAAAAAUGAAAGACUAAAUGCCCUCCCAUCAUCAAGCAUAAAAGGCAGUCAUUCAUGUUCUGAGAUAACAUCCACAGUUUCAGAAGACAAGCUGUGGGUCCCUGUGAGCAGCUUAAGUGGGUGUGCUGGUAAUACCGAUGUCUUGAAGGAUCAGCAGAGUGAUGAAAAUCCACUUCCUCAUGUGCAACAGCAAAAGACAGGCCAGAAAUCACAGAGACCAUCAACAGCAAAUAUUCCUGUUUCCAACUCUGAUCAAAAAGACACCAGCUGCCUUUUAUCCUCUUAUAGCCGAUCAAAGAGUGCAGACCCUCAAUUUCCAUCCAGAGCUGCUUCUGAAAUUUCAGAAAUUGAAUACAUUGACGUCACUGAACAGAAUGAGCUUUUCGGAGGCAACACUGUUGAUCAACAAGCUUUAGACACUUUGGAGAAAGAAUUAAAUAUACUGAGAAACCCUGCAGAUCCUUCAGAAGAAUCUCACAGCAUACCCUCAGAACAGUUUCAGGCAUUCAAUGACAAUUUUCUGACUUUAAGUCGGAUGUCCAAAGACCUCCUUGAGAUGCCAUGUGAGAGUGAGCCCUCUGGAACUGAGUCCAGCACUCCUGGAAGAAAUAGUGAAAUGCAGCCUUUGCUGUCACUUGGGGAUUGCAGCACAGAUGAGGAAGAAGAAGAUUUUCUUGACAAGCAGAAUGUCAUUACACUACCAUGGGCAAAGAGGGCUUAACAGUUCAUUACUUUCCAUUCUGUACUCAAAAUAAACCAAACAACUGAGUGAUUAA